CCAGUGAUAUGAACUGAAGCUCAGCGCGCGAGUUCGAAGUUGGGGUUUUAAAAGGUUUCUCAUUAAAAAAAUAUUUAUGAUUUUUUUCCAAAAGCAAGCUUUCACUAAAUAAAGAUAUCAUUAAUUUUAUACUGGGCAGUUAAUUCAUUGUGUCGCUGAUUUGUUUGUCGAUACAAAUCAGUACUAUGAAGAUGCUCAUGGUUUUUUUUUUAAUGGAUAGUUUUCCAUUAGUAAUUGUUAAAAAUAUACCAGUAUCUGUAUGGAAUAUUAAUGGCUAUAGCCUUCCUCUAAAGCCAGUACCAGUAUUUUCACAGAAUGGAGAGUUUUAUGAUGAAAUACUGAACUCAGUUAGCCAAAAAGACCUUCAUCUUUUAAUAUUUACUAUUGACAAGCUCAGUUCAGAAGAUUUUUCAGUGAGGCAUACUCACAAAAAUAAUGUUUCCAAAUAUUUAGAGAACUUUCUAGACGAUAGGAUGUAUGUAUUUAUUUCCUCCAUUCCUUCCCCACUUCUAUAUGUUGAUAAAGUGAAAUGUGGCAAGCAAAGAAUUGAAGUUGAUGAAAUUAACCAGCAAAUUUUAGAAGAAAUAGCUUCAUCACUUGCUAAAUCUUGUAUUGUGAUUGUGCAUUUCAGUAAAGAUUUCCAAUUCUUUAAUCAAGAAAUUUUUACAAACGUACUUAUGAUGUCAUCUGAAAAUUUUACUUUUGACGUUAUUGGAGCAUUUACAGCUAACAAGCCAUCUUGGAAUUAUGAAAGUAGCCCGAUAACGUUGAGAAGGCUAUUGCAGUCUGCAGAUGUUGUGGCUAAGGAUAUAAUAAAUAUUAAAGAUUGCAUCCUUUUUCAUGCAAGUGCAGUAAAUCUGAUAGUUGAGCCAUUAUACAAUGAGUCAUUCAGUCUAUCAUCACCUAACACAAAUAGUUCAGAAUGCACUCCAACAAAAACCAAGUUAGUUUUAUCUUAUCAUGUUGGAAAGGACAUUGGACAGUUUAAUAUAACAUUUUUAUUUAAAAACAGAGGAUUUUAUUGGCAAACCUACCUAGGACUGUAUAUGGCAGUAAAACAGGUCAAUUAUAAGCUUCCAAUCACAUUUUGCAAUGUAACUAUCGGUGCACCCUAUGGAAAGUCUUAUUUUAGUGAAGGAGCUCGUAUAAAAUCAAUUCUGUCAAAGUUCCAAGUUAGUGUAUAUUUUACCAAAUUACAGGUUCAGCCCUUUGCUGUAAAAGACAAGGUGUUUAGUAAAGCUUUUCUAGAAACACCUUCUUGGAAUUUCAUGACUAUUGCUAUUUGGGAAGGUGUUUUUAUAGCUAUAAUUUCUAUUGUUAUAAUUAAGUGGGGGAUAUCCCAUUUGCUUAAUGUAUCCUCAAUGGAGAGAUUCGAUGAUGCAAAAGAUAAAACUGCAUCAGUUUCUAUAGUAACACCAAAAUGAAUAAUUUUAUAUAUUUGUUUUUUUUUUUUUUUUUAGUGUGUA